AUGUCCGACGAAGAGGAAGUGUUAUCUGGUGAAGAGGAGGAGAUUGAAGAGGUCGAAGAGUCCGAAGCGGCCGAUCCAGUAGAAGAAGAAAAUGAGGAAGAAGAGGUUUCGGAAGCAGCCGAAACAACUGCCGAAGAGGCUCCUCCAGUUCAAGAGGAAAAACCAAAACCUCGUCCACCUCCAGUUCAAGAAGAAAAACCCCCAGCAGAAAUGACUGAGGCUGAAGCUGCUAUGCUUGCAGCUAAAAAACGUCACGAAGAAGAAGAAGCUGCCAAGUUGUUAGAUUAUGAACAAAGACGUGUUCUGGAGAAGCAAAAAAUUGAAGAUGAGCUUCGUGAACUGAAAAUCAAACAAGAAAAGAGAAGAGCUGAGAGAGAAGAAGAGGAGAGAGAUUUUGCUGAACGUAGACGUCAAGAUGAAGAAAGAAGACGUAAAGAUGAAGAAGACAGAAAGAACAAAGCUGAUGCUGAAAAAGCACGUAAGAAUGAAGAAAAAGCCAGACGUCAACAGAUGAUGGCUGGAUCAUUCGCUGCAGCUGCAACUGCCACCGCUACUGGAAAAAACUUUGUUGUUAACAGCAAAGGAGAACAAGCUGCUCAAUUCGGAAACUUGGCUCAAGCCACAAAAGCAACAGGAGGAGCUUCGCCAGAACAAAACGAAGAAGCCAAGAGAGCUUAUCUCAGUGCAGUUUGUCGUGCUAUUGACGUGUCAGGUCUUCUUCCAAACGAUUUGAAAGAUAAGAUCAAGGCUCUUCACGCUCGUGUCAUCAAGUUGGAAGCUGAAAAAUACGAUUUGGAAAAAAGAUACGAAAGACAAGAAUAUGAUGUCAAAGAACUCCAUGAGCGUCAACGUCAAGUAGCUCGUAAUAAAGCCUUGAAGAAGGGUCUUGAUCCUGAGGAGGCCGCCAGCUCUACUCACCCACCCAAGAUUACCGUAUCCUCCAAGUUUGAUAGGCAGAUUGACAGGAGAUCUUAUGGUGAUCGUCGUUAUCUGUUCGAAAAUCCAUUUGUCAAGAAGCCAUUCACUAUUGUUCGCGGAACUGCCCGUCCACCUCCAGAGUGGGGAAGAAAAGAAAAUGAGGAACUCGAACAAUUGAGGAAGAACCUUGAACCUCCAAAAUAUACGGAGCUAGUUAAAGCAGAAGGAGAUGCCGCUCGUCCGCCAGUCAAUCCAGCACCUUUACUUCUCCCUGACAAGGAUUUCGAAGAUCUUCCAGAUCAGCUCGUUGAAGCCGCCGCCCCAGAGGUUCCUGAUACCGAGACGGCAGCCGAGCCUGUUGCUUAA